CGCGUGAAUGUCGCUCUCAGUGGACAUGUCGCACCUGCAAGAAAAAACACCAUUCCUCUAUACAUUCGGACUCCUCGACCAGCGCAGCGCAAAAAACUUCUGAAACUCACGUAAACUUUGCGCAUGCUAAUUCAUAUCGGCGACCGUUUCUCGACGGGCCGUCAAAAACGGACCCAGCGCCACCUCCGCGCGUGCUUCUCAAAACAGCUCGAAUUACUACUAUUGGUAAUGGUAAUUCUCAGGUCGCCACAGUCCUAUUUGACGAAGGGGCUGACAGGAGUUUUAUAACCACUAAGUCUGCUGCCUCGAUUAAAGCGGACACUAACUAUUUGGAGAUCCUAAAUCUCAAGGCAUUUUCGAAUAGCAAAACUGGGUAUAAAACCAUACCACGAACUACAGUCGCUCUCCUACAACGAGACGGCUACAAAAGUCCCAUUGACUUGCUCAUCUUUGAUGAGAUUUCUGAUAAUCUUGACAAUAACGUUACUGGUGACCUACGUAACAUACCACACUUACGAAACCUACCUCUAGCGCAUCCAAUCACAAGUGACACCACACUGACUAUAGAUGUACUUAUUGGUGCGGAUCGGUAUUGGGACUACGUAGGAAACCACAUUAUAAGGGGAACCAGUCCUGUAGCAGUUUCCUCUGCCUUUGGUUAUUUACUUUCGGGACCAGUCUAUUCAACUAAGAGAAGAGGCCAUAAUACGAAUACAUUUCAUAUUUCCUCGAUCAAAACACCAGACCCCGAGCUCGAUAAACUCGUCGCCAACUACUGGGACCUCGAAACGGUAGGCAUCCAUGACACCAUCACAGUAAGUGAAACCAAAGCCACCCAUGAUGAACAACAUCGCCAAGUUGUUGAUAAUUGCUUGUCCAGCAAGAAAAGAAGGUAUAUCGCUAAGUUGUCAUGGCGACCAGAUCAUGAUAUUUUGCCGACAAACUUACAGUCAGCCACCUCACGCACCAGAAAUAUAAUCAACAAAUUGCCAAGCGAACUUGUGAAAUUUUACGACACCAUCAUACAAGAUCAACUUAAGCAGGGCUUCAUUGAGGAGGUCACCAAUGACGAUCGAGAAAUCGGACACUACCUACCCCAUCGAUCGGUCUCGAAGGACAGCAAGUCCACUCCGAUCAGAAUCGUAUAUAAUUGUUCAGCAACUUCAAAACGGGAUCAACCCAGUUUAAAUCAAUGUUUAGUCACCGGACCGCCACUGCACAACUCGCUGACAUCGAUACUAGUCAGUGUGGUGUCACUUGUGAUUGGAUGCGCUAGAGGUAGGUUUCGUAAGUGUGGUAUGUUACGUAGGUCAUCAGUAACGUUAUUGUCAAGAUUAUCAGAAAUCUCAUCAACGAUGAGCAAGUCAAUGGGACUUUUGUAG